AUGAAGGAAGUAGGUAUGCAUGUUCACAGACCACGACUUUUACAAGCAUUAACAGAAGACGAUCCGGACCGCAGACUUCAGUUUGCUGAGUGGUACGUAAUUCGAUGUGAAGCGUUCAAAGACUUCUUUAAAACCAUUUUGUGGUCAGAUGAAGCACAAUUUAAAUUAAAUGGCCGAAUCAACAGACACAAUUGCGUAAACUGGUCUACAGACAAUCCGCAUAUCACCAUCCAAGAAAAAUUAAAUGUUCCAGGUGUAACGGUAUGGAUUGGUGUUUGCUCCUUCGGAAUCAUUGGCCCUUACUUUUUCGAUACAACAGUAACAGGUGCUGCAUACCUUGAUUUGUUGAUGGAACUGCGCGAAGAACUGAAUAAUAACCCGGAUUUUUCUAGUCGUGUGUUAACUCUUCAACAAGAUGGCGCGCCGGCCCAUUACGCUGUAAUUGUUCGCGAAUUCCUAAAUCAAAAUUUUCCGGAUUGGAUUGGUAGACGAGGUCAAGUGGAAUGGCCACCAAGAUCUCCUGACCUGACUCCUUUAGAUUUUGCAGUGUGA